GUAUUAAGCUCAGUUUAAUUAUGUUGAUGAGCAGGGUGCGUCUUGAUUCUUGAUGAUCAUUAAUUUUCGCCAAAGUAAUUUCAUUCCCCCUUAACCAACAGCUAUGUCUGUUGUCGAGUACCUUCGACUAUGGCAUCAGUGUAACACGGAAAUCAAUUGGCAAACUGAAAGUGAGUGGUUGAAACUUCUUUACAAACGGUAUAUUCCUGAUGGCUCGGCAGACGAUGUCACGAGCGUUAUUACGUUGCUUAACAGGCUGGAGGAGCGGAAAUUUAUUGGGAUUGAUCGUCUAGGUGUAUUGAAAGAAUUACUAAGGGGUAUAAAAAAGUGGAAUCUCCUUCGAAUAUUGGAGCGAUUCGAAAUUAAGAGAAAGGACUACAGACAGUUACUGGAGCAGAUAAGUCGUACACUCGAAGAGUCCAAUGAACUGCCACGACUCAUUUCAAUCUGCAGAAGACAAAAUCUGAUAGUUCGUGAAAGCGAAGAACACAUCAAAAAUGUCAAUGCAUUAUUCACAACGUUAGAACAACAAUGCAAAUUGGGGAUAGAGGACCUCACUAUCCUGAAAACCAUAGCAAUCGAGGUGGAGAAACCAGAUUUGUGCAGACUAUUGGAGGAAUUCGAGAAGAGGAGAAAACAGGAAGAAGAUGCCGAGAGGUGGGACGACAACAUACGAAGAGCAGGAGUUGGAGCCGCUUCUGUUCUUUCUCGUGGAAUGAUUAUUGUUGGAAAAGUAGGAGCUGGAGCCGCUCUUGCUUAUUCUGGUGAAAUAAUAAGCAGAGAAUUAAUAGGAGCUGUUACACCUCACUGUACUUUCCACAAUCUUGUUGGUGGUACCGUGGUCGUCUCUACAUUGAUGGUCCUUCGCAAGAGUCGCAACAUGGAAGAAUUUACCAAUGCUUUCAAAGAAGCUGUUCUUCCAUUGGGAAAUUUCUUGCGUGCAAUUGGUGAAGGAUCGAUCCGAUUUACGAUUCAAGCAGAAAAUAUUUUCGCUCUUGACGCACUAUGGCAAAGUUAUCAGGAUGAAACACUACAGACAAAUUUACAAGAGUUUCUUGUUACUGAGGAAAUAGAGCAGCUGACAGGUGGUGAAGUGAGAUUGACUGUGUACAUCGACGAAGAUGAAUACAGAAAUGCCAGGUUGGAUUUGAUGAUAUCAGGAAUAGAAGAGAUGAAACUUGAAGAGGAAAGAGGAUUAAAAGAACGGGCAAGUUCUGAUUCAGACCUUCUGAAAGAACGAAACAUGACCACAGCCAAUACAAGAGAUCCUUUUCCAGAGAGGGAGUUUUUACCAUUUGACAGAAAACUGCGAGUAGAAGAAUAUUUGGAAAAUCUUCAAGAGACCUUCAGCGAAAUCACACUACCGAGUGAUAGCGGAGCUGGGACUUUGAGUAGUGCGACUUCUGAAUAUGGAUUUGACAAAGGUGAAAGAGACAGACUUGAAAAGCUCGACCAGGUUGAAGGGUUAAUCAAAGAUGUCAGUGAGAAUUGGGACAGCCUUCAGGAAGCAUACAGAAAUGCAUACCCGUACGAAGGUUAUAUGAUCAGGAAAGAAUUGGAAAAGAUCAGAAUGACUCUAGGAACCGUGAAAGAGAUGGAAAAAGAGUGGAUGAUUGCAGAACCUAUUUUGUUAUCGUCAAGCAGUGCUGAAGCCGUUAUACAACAAUUGAAAAACCCUCUGCAGCUAGAUCAAGGCUUCUUCAAAAAUCCGACCACAGGGAACAAAAGAGCUAUCCGUGUCUUGGCAAGAAAAGCCAAAAAUUUAAAACGAUUCGACGUGUUUAAGUACUUAAGAGAGAUUACACCACCAGGAACGACAGGUCCUCGGUUACCUGAGAAUAUGCUCAUCAAGGAGAUGCCAGAAUAUAAAAAAGGUUUUUCAAAAGUUUUGAAAUCUUGGGAUCCAACAAGGAGACUGGAUUUGAGACAAAGCGACAUGAGAUACCGAGAGAGCACUUCCUUAAUGGAUGUUCUCGCCAUGCGACACGACUUAAGAACAGUGG